UCGAGCUAUUUCCAUGGAGACAGGAAACAAGACGUACUUUGUUCUCGAGGUGAAGUAGCGUGCUAGGUUCGUCGCCAGCAAGCUCGUGAUCGAACCAAACGUAACGAUAUUAUUUGCAGCUGUAAAGAGCUCAUGCCUAGUGCCUUCUUCGCUAUCUGGCCGCUGUAACCAAGGUGCGACGCGGCUUUCCAUGGAUCCGAGUCGUGAGGUUCAGCUGAGAAAACUGAAGUCCUUGAUACGAAGCAGUGAAGCACAGUUAACAGCCGUACUAGAGAAACUGAAAUGGUCGAAGGACGAGGUCCUCAAAAAGAAGGGAUACGUCGUGUGCCCUCUAGAUUCGGGGCACACAAUGCCCGAGGCAUCGCUAAGCGCCCACCUUGACCUAUGUGCUUGGCUCAAGGAGGGAUAUACCAGACAAGAUAAGGAGGCUGCCCCUCCAAGUUCGCACUUCUUUUAUACAAAGUCCACGUCAGUUGUUCCUGUGUUAAUAGACAGAGAAACCCAGAACAAGAUAAUAACUGAUGCAGCAUUCAGGGGAGAUGUUCCAGCCGAAGUUUGCCAGAAGGUGAAGAGUGGUGUGCCACUGACAAUGGAGCAUUGCUUUUCGGAGCUCACUGCUGCAGAGAGGUUUGCAGUCUACGAUUAUGUGGUUGAGCGAGCAAAAGCAACAAACAAGACAUCUGCUGUGAAGCUUGAGGACCUUCAAGUCGACUUUGAAAAAAAGACCAACAAAGAUGAGCAACAGCCGCCCAGUGAAUUAGAGUUGAAGCGUCAGAUGCGAGACUACAAGCGUCGAAGGCAAUCUUAUCGUGCAAAAAAUGUCCACAUCACGCAGAAGACGUACACGGAGAUCCUCAAAGAGGUGAUUGAAAAUCAGACAGAGUAUCUCAAACAACUUCAAACAGGAAACGACAAGGCAGAAGAUGCUUUGGCAAGACCUGAAGAAAAGGAUGAUACUGAAAGGCAGCCAUUGUCCCGUGCAUCAGAGAGGAGGGAUAGGAGAGAGUCAUCUGUGGUGUCAUCAAGGUCAUCCAAACGCAGGCGCAGUCGUAGCCCUGAUAAAAGAGAUGCCAGCAUAGAGAGGAGGCCUUCAGAUGAAGCCCACAGGAGACGCCGGUCAGCAGAGCGUCAUGAGCACAAGAAGCAUCAUCGGUCUCAUCACAAGAGUAAACACAAGCAUAAACACAAAUCAAAAGACAGUGAAGCCUCUGAGUAGCUCCAUUUUUAUUUCUUGUGCUUGAAUAAAUUUGCAUUUCUCCAGUGACA